AUGUUAGGACCAAGCCUAUUCAAUUUCCUAGUUUUAUAUGGCCUCUUUAUCCAAAGUCCUCUCUAUGGGCAGCUCAAACUGAACUUUUUCCUUACUGACAGAAUCUGUGGACCAACUUUUGAACUCUUUGACUAUACCUUCAGUCUCUUCUUCCCUGCCGAAGCCAUUGUAAGUUUGGAGGGCUGGCACCAGCCUGGUUUCCCACCAAAUUUGCAAAUAUCUGCCAGCUUCUUCAGCGUUACAGGUUGCACUCUGAGACAAAACGGACGAACUAGCGCCGUAUUAGCCGCCCUGAGAACGAUGAAUAGCACAGCAGCCCUGCAAAACGAGUUUUCUCUCUUCAUUGGUCCAUCCAUGAGAGGCGACUGUGGCCUUGUGUCUGAUUGGAUAUCCCUGGGUGAGCAGGAUUCGCACAAUCUUAGCUUCUAUCAUAUCGGCUAUGUAUGCCGCAAUACCAUUAAGGGUGAGACCCUUUACCUCGAAGACAGCGGUGAUGACGUAAUACCCGUCGGAGAUUUUGUGAACUCGUACAGCAUGGUGGUGAAUAUGAAAAAGUAUCUAAAGGCUUUGAAUGCCCUGCUAUACAGAUAUCGCUGCAAGUACAUUGUUAUGUUUUAUGAGCUCAUUUGUGAUAUAACGGACUGUGAGUUGUUCGCCAAUGAGUUGUCAGUCUUAUUGGUCGAUAGUGAAUACGACAAUUUUGAAAUCAUCGAUGUGCAGCGCUGGCGGCCGGGGAGAACAAAAUUCUCAGUCCUCAGACUGGAAAAUAAAACUUAUGAUGCUAUUAUACUGCUUACACGGCCGGCGUUGGCGAAGGAGUUCUUGCUAGAAACGCGCAAUGUUACUGCCAUCAAACAAGGUAAAAUUGCCAUCAUCCACAUCGAGCCCACGGAUACGCUGACCUAUGAUAUCCUGCGACUCUGGCGAAAUGAAUUGGAAAGUGGAAAAAUAAACCUGGCUGCGGCGGCUGCAGCAGGACUAGCAAUGCGUCUCACCCAGCAUAACGUCGUGGCAGGCGGUGGCAAACUGGAUUCAACAAAAGGCCUGUUUGCACCAAUGAACAACCAGGACGUCUACGUGCCCAUCACCCCGGAGAUCACCUUCCACUUUGAGAACUACGGGACCAAUGAGAUCCGCGGCUUUUACGACAUGUUCAUCUUCUCCCUCAACCCGGAAGUCUCACGUGGCCAUUUAAAUGUCUCCAAGAUGACUUAUGAUGAAAUUUUCCUCCUGACCGACGUGAUUAUUUGGCCACUGAUUGCGGUCAAGAGAGUGGCCGAAAAAGUUUGGCCUGGGGACAGCAACGGGCCCAGUCGCAACCCCUGCCUAAUUUAUGACUGUGAAAUGGCCGGCAGCGCUCAGGCAAUUACUCUCAUUAUGUUGGGAGGAAUAAUAAUCCUCGGUUUGGCCAAUAUCGUCAGGAUUGUUUACGUCAGGCGUCUACGACAAGAAAAGAAGGUUCUUGGAGGUAAUGCGAAGCUUAUUCUCUAUGCUGAUGAUGUAUCUUAUGUGAAGGAAGGCGAGCACGUAUCUACUGCCUCAGUAAGCUUUCAAAAUCAUGUGCAUUAA